CAGGAAAGAAACUGGCCCUCGACGCGCAGCGGGCCCUUUGUGUGGACAUGAGAGGAGAGGCGGCGCAACGCAGAGGUGACGACCGAUGCCGUCAAGGUGGGGCUGCAGCCGACCACGGACGCUGUGGCACCAACUGGUUUUCAGAGGAGGACGAGGAGGAGGAGGAGCAAGAGGAGGAGCAGGAGGAGGAGCAGGAGGAGGAACAAGGAGGAUCAGUCAUUGAUCUCGAGCUGCGUGCAAGCAGGUGCUGGAGGCAGGAGGCGCCGCAAAAGGUCGAGGGCCGUGCUGGCCGCGCGGGCCUCUGCACGCACCUCAGGGAGGUCUUGGCGGCGCGAGCGGCAGCGAUGCCGCCGCACUCGCAGCCUGCAGCAGCAGGAGCUCAACAGCGUGGUGCAGGAGCCUCGGCAGGAGGUGAAGCUGUUCCAGCGGGUCCAGAUGAUGUUGACAUGUCGGAGUUGGGUGAAAAGA